AUGCGUGGUUAUGCCAGACCUAAAGGUGUUAAGUACCCUGCUGACUGGUUGGAGCGGAACAACGAUUACUUGGCGAACGGAUGUUACCGCCAAGUCGACGUAACAAGACUGCCGCGGGAGGUAGGUGAUGUACCGGCGAGGACGCACAGGCGCCAUAGAGAUGCUUCGGAUUCGCAGGCGGGCUUUCGACCCCUGAUGACAUCAACAAGACACCACCCACCCAUCUCAAGUAGAGAACUCAAGACCCCAAGAUCACGGCAUGUCACUUCCUCCAGGAGGUCGUCAUCUUCGGAGCGAAGGCCACGAGAAGUCUACGAAAAGAAAUACGUCCACUUCUCUGCUCCCGCUGAGCCCCAGCGAAAACCUCGUCGGCCUCCUAAGCAUCCUCAAACCACGACGACGCAAGCAGGACCGGAGAAGACCCUGUCUCCUGACCUUGCUCAUGGGUCGUCGAAAGAAGCCAGCGGUCCGGCAGCUACCCACACGUCGGCCCUGGAAUAUAAACUACUCGUCCAGACGUUCUGGCCUAAGUAUACCAAUCGAGGAUUUGGUUCUAACUAAAAAUUCCAACAGGCUAGUAAAAUCCCUAGAUUAUGUAAAAUAUGUCAUCCACAGCUACUUAUGAAGUUUAUAUAGACGUCGUCGUAGACACAUGAACAUAUCUUUCAGAAGUGAAGACAAGGCACCGCUCAGGGGCAAGAAG